AGCAAGAAGAYGAGCAAGAAGCUGUUUCACAACAAGCAACAGAGCAAGGAACAGAGCAAGAAAGGGGACGUCACUGCACUUUGAACUUGUACAGACUACCAGGACCAGAGGGAGCUGUGUGUGACUAUCAUGAUCUAUUUAAAAUCUUUGUUGUAAAUAGUGAGUCUUUAGAUUCAGUGUGGUUGUUCCCUGGUUUGUCUAUCAUCUCUGACUAUUGUCUGUCUGUCUGGGGGGAUAGAAUAGUACUGCUAAGCUAAUGAAACAAAAAAGUGCUAUUUAUAAAUGUUUUUGUGACUCAACCUUCUUUGGGGUUGAAUGACAAUUUCAUUUCCAAGAUUUUCUGAAUAUCUGCUUGUGGCACAUACGUAUAAGAAAUUCUUGGCACAAAUUCGAGCUCCUUGUCCAUCAUUAGUUCUUGCCAAGCUAUAAUGGUGCUGCUGCCUGUAAGAUUGAUUGAUAACACUUUCUACACACAGCCCAGAACUGGUCCGUCUAGUUUGUAAGUAGGGUAAAGUAAGUCGGGCAGUUUGAAGGAGAGCAGUCCUUUUCUUUCUGGUCUGCUAGUKCAGGGUGAAAGUAGCGUGGUGUAAGGAGAGGAGAGACAAAUGAAGAGGGGGGUCCUAUUUUACCCCUCAUAGACCCUCCUCCUAGUGUGGCGGAAGUGACAGAGACGGAGAAAGAGCGAGCGAGAGCAUGAGCCUAUAAGUGUAAUUUAUUGUUUCCUGUGAAAGGGCAGGCUGCACCCUUUUCUCCCUCCUGAAAUCUGAACUGCUUGUUGUGUCAGAACUUUCAGGAGGAGCCAUUGUCUAGGGGUCACAGGAAAAACAGAGGAGCGAAGGAGAAGAACAAGAGAGUGAGAGGUCGGAGGACAGCUCCUCGGUAGAAAAAUAGAGGAGUGAGAGGGAUCUCUGGGUCAUUUGACGGAGACAGAAGGGGAAAGAGGUCAAGAGAAGGAGUCUGGAACAUGUUGUUUUGACUUUUCAUAACGCUGUCAGCCAAUACCUCUUUGUGUGUGUCAGUCGUGUCGCUCAGAUAUGGCCAUGGUGAUCGGGGGAUGUAGCAACCCUAACGGAGAGACCAACGGACUGGGGGGGGAGAAGGCUUACCUGCGUGGGAAUGAGGGCUCACCCCAGGCCGGGAGUGAUGUGGAGGAGGGAGACGAGGUCAAGGCAUGCGUGGUGGACUGUGUGGUGUGUGGGGACAAGUCCAGCGGGAAACACUACGGGGUGUUCACCUGCGAGGGCUGCAAGAGCUUCUUCAAGAGGAGCAUCAGAAGGAACCUCAACUACUCCUGCAGGUCGAAUCGAGAAUGCCAUAUAGACCAGCAUCACCGCAACCAGUGCCAAUACUGCCGGCUGAAGAAAUGCUUAAGUGUUGGCAUGCGCAAAGAAGCAGUCCAGCGUGGACGUAUCCCUCCAUCCCACCCAGGCAUCAGUCCCACUUCUCUGGUCGGCGGAGGUGGCGGUACCGGGCCAGUAGGGGGUGAAUUCUUCAACGACCAGCCCAUGUCAGAGCUCAUCUCCCAGCUGCUCCACGCCGAGCCCUACCCCAGCAUCCGCUACGGACCCCAGUACGGCCAGCAGCAGAUGCAUGGCGCUGGAGGAGGCGCCGUCAUGGGCAUCGACAACAUCUGUGAGCUGGCGGCACGCCUCCUCUUCAGCACCAUCGAGUGGGCCAGGAACAUGCCCUACUUCCCUGAGCUGCCUGUCACUGAGCAGGUGGCUCUGUUGAGGCUGAGCUGGAGCGAGCUGUUCACCCUGAAUGCAGCCCAGUCCGCCCUGCCGCUACACAUGGCUCCUUUGCUGGCCGCGGCCGGCUUCCACUCACAGCCCAUGUCGGCGGAGAGGGUGGUGUCCUUCAUGGACCAGGUGAGGUUGUUCCAGGACCAGGUGGACAAGCUGACCCGGCUCCAAGUGGACUCAGUAGAGUACAGCUGCCUCAAGGCCAUCGCCCUCUUCUCUCCAGAUGCGUGUGGUUUGACAGACCCCGUCCAUGUGGAGUCUCUGCAGGAGAAGGCCCAGGUGGCUCUGAAGGAGUACGAGAGGAUGCAGUACCCGGGUCAGCCACAGCGCUUCGGACGUCUUCUCCUCCGUCUGCCUGCUCUCAGGGCCGUGCCCGCUAAUCUCAUCUCCCAGCUGUUCUUCAUGCGCCUGGUGGGCAAGACACCCAUCGAGACCCUCAUCAGGGACAUGCAGCUGUCUGGGAGCUCCAUCAGCUGGCCAUAUGUCCCUGGGCAGUGAGGAACAGAAGCCUGGGACACACAGGAUCCUGGAAGACGYGCCUGGCGGGAACCUAGAACAAGAUGGAGAGGGAUUAGCCAGUGAUGUCAUAAUUCUUAAACGUGCAAUAUGUAGAAAUCGCUCCGCCAUUUCCUGGUUGCUAAAAUUCUAAUAGUUUGCCUAAUUUCAGUUUAUGUGACAAAGAAAGCAGUGUAGAGAAUCAUUGUAUCAUUGUAUCAUCUAAACAUCUAAAAUAUUUUCAAUAACAUUUUUUUUUGCUAUUUUCAGCUGUUUGAAGCUGGUACAAAACGAAAGUUUUGUACCAAUUAUUAGGAAAUGGAAGACAUACAAGACCACUGAUAAUCUCCCUCGAUCUGGGGCUCCACGCAAGAUCUCACC